AUGAAGUUCUGGAGCAAUUUUCUGCGGUCUAUCUUCCUAGCAGUUGUGCUUGCCACUUCAGCUACUGCCUCCCCAUUCCCGGCCAGUCUGAAGCAUACGACCCUACAGGUCCGCGAAAUCAGCCCGGGUGUGGUCGUCCAGAGCUUCCAUCCUGAGUCGUCCUUUGAGACAUUCGGCGUGAACGGGAUUGACCAUCCGCUGUCGGCGCGGGACGAGUUCGACCUGAAGGACGCGACGGUCUCGUUCAUCCAAUCCCGUCUGAACAUCGAUGCGGACAGCAUCGGCUUCAGGACGGGCUUCUCGAGUGACGUGGCCCAGCACGCGUUCAUCCGCCAGCAGAUUAACGGCAUCCCGGUUGCAAAUGCGGUCGCGAACGUCGCGUUCAACAUGGCCAACAAGGUCGUCUCAUUCGGCUCCUCCUUCGUGACCACCCCUUCAAACGUGCCCUCCACGAGCCCGUCUAUUUCUGUCGAAGAUGCGAUCUCUAAGGCCGAGAGCGCGCUGUCUGGCAAGUUCAACGAGCACCCGCCGACGGUCGAGUUCGUGGCGAAGAAAGACGGCUCGCUUGCCCUGACGCACGUCGUGCAAAUCCAGAACGACACGACUGGCGCAUGGUUCGAGGCCUUUGUGGACGCGCACUCGGGGGAGCUUGUGCAGCUGACAGACUUCGUCGCCAAGGCAUCAUACCUCGUGCUCCCCAUCACUAAGGAGACGUUACUCGAGGGUUUCGAGGUCCUGAACAACCCUCAGAACCUCGCGGCGUCUCCUGAUGGCUGGCACAGCGAUGGCACUACGAACACGACUUCCACUGCAGGCAACAACGCCGUCGCGUUCAAGGGCGCGCAAACGAACACGACCACCCAGUCGUCCGUGGGCUUGAACUUCAGUUUCACCCAGAACCCCAAAGCUGCUCCGACGACACAGGCGAACAUCGACGCCGCGCGCACGAACGCGUUCUACAUCGUCAAUACCGUGCACGACAUCUCGUACGUGUACGGCUUCACGGAGGCCGGGUUCAACUUCCAGAACAACAACUUCGGCAAGGGCGGGGCCGGAAACGACCGCGUCACGAUCUCGGUGCAGGAUUCUGCUGGGACCGACAAUGCCGAUUUCGCUACGCCGCCAGAUGGCCAAUCCGGGCGCAUGAGGAUGUUCCUCUGGGAUUACACGAACCCGGAGCGCGACGGUGCACUCGAGAACGACAUCAUCGUCCACGAGAACACGCAUGGGAUCAGCAACCGGAUGACGGGCGGGGGCACUGGGCGGCACGGUGAUCUUGACAUGCUGAAUGUUGGCAGCUGUCUCCAAACGAACGAAGCGGGCGGCUUGGGUGAGGGGUGGUCGGACGCGAUGGCCGAAUGGACCGAGCACAAGAAUGCGACGGUGGUCGACUUCGUGGUGGGACAGUACGUCACGAACGACCCUGCGGGCAUCCGCAGCCACCCAUACUCGACGAAUGCGACCACGAACCCACUGAGGUACUCAAGCCUGCAGAACUUGACUGAGGUCCAUGAUAUCGGCGAGGUUUGGGCGAACAUGCUCCACAACGUCUAUGCUGGCCUCGUACGCGUCCACGGCUUCUCGGCCACGGCGCUCACGGACCCAACGACAACCGGCGGCAACACCGUUUUCUUGCACCUCUUCCUGGACGCGCUCACCCUGCAGCCUUGCAACCCGACAUUCCUAACGGCCCGCAACGCUUGGAUCCAGGCGGAUAAGAACAGGUUCGGCGGCAAGAACUUCUGCACGCUGUGGACGCAGUUUGCGUCCCGCGGGCUGGGCGCGAAUGCCGCCGCUUACAAAGACGAUUCCACCGUUCCUUCCGGUUGCUGA